CCCACCUUGCUUGCUAUCCCCACGAACCAAAAACUCCACCGCGAAAAAAGAGAACAGGGAAGCCAUGGCGGUCUCCAGCUGGAGCACGCGCCUUCUCCUCAGCCCCUGCCGCCCCAUCCUCAACCCUAGCCGCCGCAGCCGCCGCCCUUCCCUCUCCACCGCGUCCCGCGUCCCCGCGCCCGGCCGACGCCAGUGCCUCCGCCUGAGCCGCCCGCCCCAUGCGUACAUCUCGGCGCCCGCACCCGGCCCCGACGCCUACCAGUCCCCCUCCCUUGACGCCGCGGAGGCGGCGGCCGAUGUGGCCGCCGCGAUCUCCACUACCGACGCCGUCACCUGGGCUGGCGUCUGGGCCCUCCUGUCGCAGCACAAGGCCCGCUUAGCCAUCUCCCUCGCCGCGCUCCUCGCCUGCACCACCUGCACGCUCUCCAUGCCGCUCUUCUCAGGGAGGUUCUUCGAAACGCUGAUUGGGAGGGGGUCCGAGCCUCUACUAGGGCUCUUGUCCAAAAUCGCGGUGUUGUAUACGCUGGAGCCGAUAUUUACCAUCAUCUUUGUGAUCAACAUGACGGUGAUCUGGGAGAAAGUGAUGGGCAGACUGAGGAGCCAGAUAUUUCGGAGGAUUCUGAUCCAAAAGAUGGUAUUUUUUGAUCGUCACAAGGUUGGCGAGUUAACUGGUUUGUUGACAUCCGAUUUGGGUUCUUUGAAGGGUGUAGUAAGUGACAACAUAUCAAGAGACCGUGGGCUAAGGGCAUUCACUGAGAUCACUGGAACACUGUGUAUACUUUUCACGUUAUCCACUGAGCUUGCUCCUGUUCUAGGACUCCUUAUAGUCUCUGUCUCCGUUAUAGUUGCUAUUUUCAAGAGGUCAACUGUCCCUACCUUUAAAUCAUACGGAAUUGUCCAAGCACAUAUAUCAGACUGUGUGUCAGAAACAUUUUCAGCCAUCCGUACUGUUAGGUCAUUUGGUGGUGAAAAACGACAAAUUUCUAUGUUUGACAACUUGGCACUUGCUUUUCAAAAUAGCGGCACAAAACUAGGAGUGCUGAAAGCUGCCAAUGAGUCAUUGACUCGAGUGGUAGUUUAUGUUUCCCUAAUGGCGCUUUACAUUCUUGGUGGUAGCAAAGUCAGUGCGGGCAAGUUGUCUAUUGGAACCAUGGCAUCUUUUAUUGGCUACACAUUUACGCUGACCUUUGCUGUUCAAGGAGCAGUUAAUACCCUAGGUGAUCUGCGUGGGACAUUUGCUUCUAUAGAAAGAAUAAAUUCUAUUCUGUCAACAAAGGACAUUGAUGAUUCACUUGCAUAUGGUUUAGCCAAAGAGCUAGACAACCAAGAUUCCAAUGGUGCAGUGCACGAAAAGGGCACUGUUAACAAACAUUACAUGUCAGCGCUGAAAUCAUCCAGCAGCUGUAGUAAUCUGGCCUGGUCUGGCGACAUUCACCUGGAAGAUGUUCAUUUCUCUUACCCACUGAGAUCUGAUGUGGAUGUCUUAAAUGGGCUUGACCUUAAGAUCGAGUGUGGAAAAGUUACAGCACUUGUGGGCUCUAGUGGUGCUGGGAAAAGCACGGUGGUGCAACUUCUAGCGCGGUAUUAUGAGCCUACUCGAGGUCGCAUCACGGUGGCAGGAGAAGACAUUCGUGUAUUUGAUAAAAGAGAAUGGUCUCGAGUUGUAUCUCUAGUGAAUCAGGACCCUGUCCUAUUCUCGGCAUCUGUGGGAGAAAACAUUGCUUAUGGUCUUCCCGAUGACGUUGUCUCCAAGGAUGAGAUAAUAAAAGCUGCUAAAGCUGCUAAUGCUCAUGAAUUUAUCAUCUCCCUUCCACAGGGCUACGACACUCUUGUUGGUGAGCGGGGCAGCCUCCUAAGUGGGGGACAGAGACAGAGAAUUGCAAUUGCACGAGCUCUUCUAAAAAAUGCUCCUAUUCUAAUACUCGAUGAGGCUACAAGUGCACUGGACACCACCAGUGAACGGCUUGUGCAGGAAGCUCUUGAUCUUUUGAUGAAGGAUAGGACUUCUUUGGUGAUCGCCCACAGAUUGAGUACCGUGCAAAAUGCGCAUCAAAUUGCUGUCUGCUCAGAUGGCAAGAUCAUAGAACUUGGGACACAUGCUGAACUGAUUGCGGAGGGAGGUAGUUAUGCAUCGCUUGUAGGCACGCAGAGGCUUGCAUUUGAGUAAUGCCUUGCUAACAUUUUUUUGGGUCCACACUUGGCAUUCAAGUAUGCAAAUCACGAGAGAUUAUAGGCACCUGUUGACGAAAUACAUGUAACAAAGGUCAAAGGUUGUAGACGAUUUACAAAAUACAUUUACCAGAGGUUAAAGGGCUGUAGACGAUUUACAAAAUACUCCUACAUGUAACUGAGUUUAAAGGUUGUACACGAUUUAUGAAAUUAUACAUGAAUUGUGCAAUGCACGUAACAAAGAUGAUUCUCAAAUAAAGGGUGAAUAUGGUACUCUACGUUACUUUC